AACGGCCAAAGUGAACAGUGGCCGAAAUUUGAAAACGCCCUGUAGCUUUCGGUGGUGACACAGGUUUGGACUACAGCAAGAAACUUGUUUUAAACAAUAAGUGCAAUGGACCCGUUCGCUGAAAAGGACACCAACAUGUACUUCUAUGAGAACAGACUGAAGACUUUCGAAGGGUGGCCAUUUGACGAGGACUGCAUGUGCACGCCGGAGAACAUGGCCAAAGCUGGCUUCAUUCACACCCCUUCAGAGAACAGCCCAGACAUCGCCAUGUGCUUCUUCUGCCUCAAAGAGCUGGAGGGCUGGGAGCCGGAGGAUGAUCCAGAAAAGGAGCACAAAUCUCAUUCACCCUCCUGCCACUUCAUUGCCCUGAAGAAGAAAGUAGAAGAGCUGACUGUGGAGGAAUUCUUCAAACUACAGAAGGAGAGGCACAAGUUCAUUGUUAACAAAUCCUGCAACGAGGCCAUCACCAAGUUUGAAGAAGCGGCCAAAUUGAAAAGAGCAGAUAUCAUCAAGACAGCUAUGGGAGAAGAGUGACAGUGAAUGGCUGCAGAUGAAUGAAAUGGGCGGUGUGAGAGAGAUUAAUUGUAGCUGACUUGGCUGAACUCCUUUCCAUGUUUCCUUCAUAUGCUUUCAUGUCUUCUUUGUAUUAUGUCUCAUUUUUAAUGUAUUUUUUCUCUUAUGAUCUGUUUUAAUUAAUUAAACCUGUUCUUUAUGUUACCCUAUAUUGUAUGAUAAUUUUUUAGGAGGUGUGCAAUUUGAUUGGAAAUUUAAUAACGUAAUAUCUGAGUCGGAAAACAUGUAUAACGAGAAAUCUAUAGAUCCCCUAUUACCAAGAAGUCUGUCUUUAUUCUCCUUUUAAUUUCAUCUUGCUCAUUUACCAACCUGGUAUAAGAAUUGAGGGAUGCCUGGAACCAUCCUUAUUUUGUCCCCCUAUAUAUUCCGUUAUUAUUUUCUCCCACCAUGUGUUGUGCAAAUGUGU